AAAAUACAGCAGUACAACAUUGCUAUUAUUGUGCCGGCCUGUUUUCUACUGAAUUCGCCUUUCGCUAGUUUCGCACCAUGUCGCUGCUAAAGUUGUCCUUGUUGUUAGCGCUGGCGGUGGUCUGUGUCGCUGCACUGAAGGGUGACGACGAAUCGAACCAAGUUGCUUUCACCGCCUUAUACAUGGGAACACCCGAUAUGAAACCACCACCUCUUUCUUGGUGCGGUGGAAAGUAUGGGCAUGCCAAGAUCACCGUCAAUUCCUACACCAAGAAAACCACCAAGGAUGGAACCCUGUAUGAGAUGAACAUUGACUUGGAUGCCAAAAAAUCCGGAUCGAGCGAAGCGGAAUCCAUGAAGGGCAGACCUCUCAACGUCUUGAAGAAGGCGGACGGUAAAUUCUACGUCAAGAAAAAUCCUUGCGAAGGACCUGGAUAAUUCUGACCACUGUUGCCUGUGGAUACCGGCAACGGCAAAUGCCAACGGGCGAUGCGUUUGAACGUAGCGAUGCAUUUUGUGAAACGCUAGUUCUGCAAAUGUGACCAGUAUAAUGUUUGACAUUGUCUGUAUGAAACGCAGAGUAAAAACUAAUGAUUUGUAAACUGUUUUGCGAUUGGCUAGCGAACUGCACUGUGUUAUCUUACUAAAAAAACAUUGGGACAUGUACGAGACAUUAAAAAACAUGUAUAAAAACAUUGAGACUCGUACAA